UGAGCAGAGAACCAAUAGGGAAGGAGGACCGCUGAAUGUUGCGAUGGCUCAGCGGACAGCUGAAAUCGGGAUAUCUAGAGAGGCAGCGCUGCUCAAGGGACCAGAAAGUUGCCCGGGACUGACUGCUUCUCCCUCGGGACCAUGGAUGCCCAGAAACACGUGGCGAACUUCGGCGCAGGGCCCGCCAAGUUGCCGCGUUCGGUAUUGUUAGAAGCCCAAAAAGAACUGGUGGAUUAUAAAGGUCUUGGUAUAAGUGUUCUUGAAAUGAGCCACCGAACAUCUGACUUUUCAGCAAUCAUCAAAAACGCUGAAAACCUUUUGCGUGAACUUCUAAAGAUACCUGAGAACUACAAAGUGCUUUUCCUCCAAGGAGGCGGAUCUGGACAGUUUAGUGGUAUUCCACUUAACCUUAUUGGAUUAAAAGAAGCAAGGAUUGCUGAUUAUGUUGUUACUGGAGGCUGGUCAGCAAAAGCUGCUAAGGAAGCAGAGAAAUAUGCCAAAGUGAACCUUGUUCAUCCUAAACUUUCUACUUAUACAAAAAUUCCUGACCCAAGCACUUGGAACCUUAGCCCAGAUGCCUCUUAUAUCUAUUACUGCGCAAACGAGACUGUCCAUGGUGUGGAGUUUGAUUCUGUACCUGAUGUUGGAAAGGCAAUCCUAGUUUGUGACAUGUCAUCAAACUUCCUUUCCAGGCCAGUGGAUGUUUCUAAGUUUGGUGUAAUUUUUGCUGGUGCCCAGAAGAAUAUGGGCUCUGCUGGAGUCACAGCAGUUAUAGUGCGGGAGGAUUUACUUGGCUUUGCACUCAAAGAGUGCCCUAUUGUGUUAGACUACAAAGUGCAGUCGGAGAAUGGCUCAUUAUACAACACUCCUCCAUGUUUCAGUGUCUAUAUCAUGGGUUUGGUCCUGGAGUGGAUAAAAAACAAUGGAGGAGUUGUGGCUAUGGAUAAGCUCAGCCAAACAAAAUCCCAAAUGAUUUAUGACAUUAUUGACAACUCCAAUGGAUUCUAUGUAUGUCCUGUAGACAGAAAGAACCGAAGCCGAAUGAAUGUCCCUUUCAGGGUUGGCAGUAUUAAAGGUGAUGAGGCCCUGGAAAAGAAAUUCCUUGAUGAAGCUGUAGGAAACAACAUGAUAUCCCUGAAAGGACAUAGAUCUGUGGGAGGAAUCCGUGCUUCUUUAUAUAAUGCUGUGACUAUAGAAGAUGUUCAGAAGCUCUCAGCACACAUGAAAAGCUUCAUGAAGAGGCAUCAGUAAUAAAUUCAAGAACCUGAAGCUGUGCCACCCAUUUUGGAAAUCAAAUGCAAAGAACUGGAUGGUGGAAGUAGUGUUAUUGUAGGAAAAGCCAAAUAGCCUUUUUCAGAUCAUUUUUUUCAGACAAAAUAACAAUCCUUGUAUAUUCAGUCCCUGAAACUGUCUUAAAUUAUUAAGCCAGCUUAAUCCCCAGAUGUGAAUUCUGGGAAUUGGUGUAUUGUUUGUAUAACUCUGGAUAAGGGCACAGGAGAUAAUUGACCCAUCAAAGAAUUGGCAAUCUUAUAAAUUUAAAACAAAUAACAAGGUAUGCCUUGUAAAGGUACAGUGUGGAUGACAGUUUUGUCUUACAUACAUGCAGAUCCUCUGGAAUAGUUGGAGUUGUUGUGGGAGGGCAACCCCUCCAAAGGACCAGGUGCCCAGACACAGCAACACAGCUGUAAUGCCCUGCCGUUUCCACCCAAAAAGGUGGUAUAAGUCCAAAACCUUGGGCACCAGCCUAGCAGUGGCAAUGGCAGGGUGGAAGUUGACUAGGGUCAGCUCUCCCUGGUCACGCAUCUGUACUGCAUCUGUACCGCACCUGCUACACUGGCGAUGAGGGCAUUGGAAUGUUGGUGUGGUGUUCUGCGCCAUAUUCAAGCAUUGUGGAGGUUGGCAGGGGCCCCCCACCAGUGGAUCUAUCUCUCCACUGGGGCAAAUGUCCCAGGAUGUAGCCCCGCACCAUCUCCAGUGGUGGAUUUGCCCUCCCCCUUUGGAUGGGGCUGCUGGUCUUUUCUGCGUAAAAUCAUUCUAGAUGAAUUGUGUUGCUGUGUUCCUUACAAAUAUUUUUCCAUGCUCCCCUCACAUUGAAUUAAUUGUGCUUUUGUAGCUUUUGCAGAAGUGCUUUUUAAAGAAAUAUAUAUAUUUGUAUCUACUACCAGUGAUUUGUUUCUAACCUGAAGCCUUGCCCUGGCAAAGACUUUGCAACAGGGUAAUUUUAAUAGUUCAUGUGUUUUCAGUGCACUUGAUACUGGCAUUAUUUUAUGUUCUAACUUGUUAAGUGUAUCUCUAACUGCUCUGAGGUAAUUUUUUUUCUUCCUUGAAUAUCAGUGCCUUUUGACCUACAAAAAUUUCCACCUGACAUUCUUUUAUUCUGCAGCACAGAAACCAAAAUUGCCUUACUAUUCAAUGAGCCCUUUGUUCUCUUUUCCUUUGAAGUUGACUUAAUUCACCUUAAUGUUUACAAGGCUGUCUGGCUCAACUCCCUAGUAUGGACAUUUUUGGUCAGGGGCACAUCACCCAUUUUGUGUUUCUCAGCAGCAGAAUAGGCUUGUACGUGCUUUACAAGGAGAAUACAUUUUAAAGAAUAUAGAGUUAUUGCCGUCAUGCACCUCCAUAUAGGAGAGUUAUCCUGUGUGAAAUCACAGGCUGACACUACACCUCCCAUUCAUUGCAAAUAUAAUCCUUCGCCUUUUGCUCUUUGUGCCUGGUUUUGUGUUCUUUGUCUAGAUAACUUCCGCAGCUGUCCAGAUCAUGUUUUUAAAAAUAAAAUGUAUCCAAAACUA